AUGACCACUGCAGUAGAGGACAUUAGAAUUGAGGACAUCCCCGUUGAUGACAUCGACUUCUCUGAUUUGGAGCACGAGUACAAAGUCGACGCAGAGGUCAGUUUCGACCAGUACAUCGUCGUGACUGGUGCACCAGUGAUCCCAGAGGCUAAAGUGCCCCUGUUGAAGAAAGCGCUAGGCGGGUUGUUUGCUAAAGCUGGGAAAGUCGUGAACAUGGAGUUCCCGCUGGAUUCAGCCCAGAAGACGAAGGGGUUCCUCUUUGUUGAGUGUGCCACGGCACAGGACGCGAAGAAAAUCAUUAAGAGCUUCCAUGGGAAGAGACUUGAUUUGAAGCAUAGACUGUCCAUUUACACAUUGGCGGACGUCGAACGGUUCAACGACCCUGCGUUCCCCACCGAGUUCAAAGAACCUGAAUUCCCAGAUUUCGUCACUUCGGGGGAAUUAAAGUCCUGGUUGUUGGAUGAGAACGUCAGAGACCAGUACGUCAUGCAGGACGACAAGGAAACCACAGUCGUGUGGAACACGAAGAACGUCGACGACGAGGACGCCGUUGUCGAGUCCAGAGAGAACUGGUCCAAUAACUACGUCCGGUUUUCGCCAAAGGGGACGUACUUGUUCUCGUACCACGUCCCAGGUGUCUCCGUUUGGGGUGGUGCUCACUUCAACCUUUUGAAGCGGUUCUUCCAUCCAAACGUCAGAACCUCGUCUGUUUCCCCCUGCGAGAAGUACUUGGUCACUUUCUCUCCUGAACCCUUGGACUGUGCCUCGCACGCAAAGAUGUUACAGAACGGUGAGGAGUCGCCCUUCACGGUCAAGAACGACGGUCACCAACUGUGUAUCUGGGAUAUCGAGUCUGGCCUGCUGUGUGCCACUUUCCCAGUAGUCAAAUCCGAGUUCCUACACUGGCCGCUAGUCAGAUGGUCGUACAACGACAGGUACUGUGCAAGAAUGGUCGGCGACACUCUGGUCGUCCACGAUUCCGCUAAGAAAUUUGCCCCAAUGGACUCGAAGAACUUGAAGAUCGCAGGUGUUCGUGACUUCGCGUUUGCUCCAACGGGUGUCAAGUUGCAACCUUUCAGGAAGACGGACGAACCCAGCGUUGUUUUGGCAUACUGGACCCCAGAGACGAACAAUAUGUCCUGUAAGGCUGCUGUCGUGGAAGUCGGGCGUGGUCGCGUGCUUAAGACGGUUAACCUUGUGCAAGUCUCGAACGUGACGCUGCACUGGCAGAACCAAUCGGACUUCCUGUGUUUCAACGUCGAACGUCACACCAAGUCCAAAAAGACUUACUUCAGCAACUUGGAGAUCUGUAAGAUGAACGAGAGGGAUAUUCCCGUUGAGAAGAUCGAGUUGAAGAACCGUGUGGUCGAGUUCGGGUGGGAACCCCAGGGGAAACGGUUCGCGUUGAUCGCAGUUGACGAGACCGCGGACCUCGACAACGUGGCGAUCCCAAAGAACAUUAUCCACUUCUUCGCUCCAGAGAAGAAGAAGGACUCGGACACCGCUGGAGAGGGCGUCAAACGGUGGAAACUUGUGAAGGAAUUGCCCAAGCGGUUCUGUAACACGGUCUCGUGGUCCCCCGCGGGUCGGUUUGUCGUCAUUGCGACGCUAGUGAAGCCCAACUUGAAACGGUGCGAGCCUGAGUUUUUCGACCUGGAUUACGCUGGGGAGAAGAACAUCAACGACGACCAAGAUGUCACUGCGUCCUUGAAGGAUGUCGCGGAACCACCAUGUGGUAUGAUGACGGAUAUCUGCUGGGACCCAUCCGGUAGGUUCUUCGUGUGCUGGUCCUCUGCGAUGAAGCACAAGUUGGACAACGGGUACAAGAUGUUCAACGUCGCGGGCCAACUGUUGAAGGAGGAAGCUGUGUCCAACUUCAGGAACUUCAUGUGGAGACCCAGACCUGAGUCUCAACUGUCGAACGCUGAGCGCAAGAAGGUCCGCAAGAACUUGAAGGAGUGGUCCGCGCAGUUCGAGGAGCAAGAUGUCAUGGAGGCGGACUCCGCGACAAGGGACAUGAUCCUAAGACAGCGUGAGUUGCUUGCCGAGUGGACGCAGUACCGUGCCGAGAAGAGCGAGCAGUUGCAAGCCGAGUUUGGAUACUCAUGCUUCGACACAUACAAGCCCGCUGGGCCCGCCACAGAGUUUGUCUCCGUCGAAGAAAUUAAGGAAGAGAUCAUUGAGGAGACCAAAACGAAGGUUGAAGCAUGA